AGUAUCUACAUCCAAAAAUCUGUAUAUGGCAGAAAAAUGACAUUUAAAAAUCUCAUCAACCAUUUGGCCUAAAUUUUUCUAAAUACUUAAAAUAUAAAAAAUAAAAAAAAUAUUCAACAAUUAUGUACAGCAGUAAAAUAUUUUCAACUUCUUUACCGAAACUAUGUAAAAUCAACGUGGGAACAUACGUGCCGCAGAGAAACGUGCAAGUGUCGAUUAUAGGGGCGGCGGGAGAAGUUGGGGCCAAUGUGGCUUUAUUGGUGAAACAAAAUUUAAAAGUAAAGAAACUACAGCUUUACGACGACAAUGAGAAAGUUAUUGGUAUUGGUUACGAAUUAAAUCACAUAAGUGGCGGGCCACCUGUAUUUACUUACGCUGGCGAUAGUUGUCUAGGAACUGCUAUACAAUUAUCAGAUUUAGUUGUGAUGGUGGCUAGAAUACCUCGUAAACCCGGUAACACUCGGUACCAGAUGAUAGGAGCUAACGCACCUGGAGUUUUAAGAUUGUGUCGUGCUAUGGCUGAUAAAAAUAAUCAUGCUCUUUUUGCUAUCGCCACUAAUCCGGUUAAUUCCUUAUUACCUUUUGCCACAGCUUUAAUGUUUAAGUACGGUUGUUAUAAUCCAUUUAAAUUAUUCGGAGUUACCAAUAUUGACUCGGCAAGAAGCCGUGCAUAUGCCGCGAGUGUUCUCGGAGUGAGUGCGCGUGAUUUAUACGUUCCAGUUAUUGGAGGUCAUUCCGAUGAAACCACUGUACCAUUGUACUCUAAUUUAACUCCUAGUCAAUUUCAAUUAGAUGCGUGCCAAGGAGAAACUCUCACACGGCUCGUCAGAAAAGCUGGGACAGAAGUUGUUAAUCAUAAAGAUGGGACUGAAUCAGCGACAUUAGCGGUGGCGUGGGCAAUAAAUGAAUUUAUUGAAGCCUUAGUGGAUGCUAUUCUCGGUAACGAAGUUAUGGUACAUUGUUACACAGCUAAUCCUCAUUACGGUACUAGAUUCUUUUCUGGUCCUACCAAAAUAGGACAAGAUGGUAUUAUACAAACAUGCCGUGAUUUACCCAUGAGUGAUCAUGAAAAUUACCUUUUGAACUGUAGUAUACCAGUUUUAAAUCAAGAAGUAAUUCACGGUGAAGAAUUUGUACAAUACAUAGAAAAUGCAAGGAGGAAGUGAAGUAAAUUAUACUCAUAGACCGAUGUAAACAUAAAGCCUGGAUUUAUGAUAUCAAUAAAAAAAUUGUUUUUGGUA